GAGAGUAAAGGAGCUCCGAGAACAAGGAUACUAGAGAGAGAAAGAGAGGGAGGGGGAAAGAAAGAUCGCUUUUAUGGCCAAGAAGGGCAGCAUCAAGGGUUAAGGGAUCAAUAAUUCGGGGGAGUAUUUUUAAGCAGCAACAACUAACGAUCAGGAGCCUCCGAUCCCGGGCUGAGUCAUCCAUCCAGUCCAGUUGGAGCAGGAAGCUGGCACUUUUCUGAAGGGCUUAAUUAUACAGGAGGUUUAGAUGCUCCUGAUUUAAAAACUACAGGGCGACCGGGGCUUUGAAAGCAGUAGGGAGAUCUCCACAGGAAGUUGGAAGGAAGGCAAACGAGAUACAUCAAGCUUUCUCUUCUGUAGAAAUAAAAGUCGCCUUUGGAAAACUAUUUUUUUAUAAGUAUAUUGUUUUGAUUAUCGCCUGAGUGGCAAUGAUUUGCCUCUAGAGCGCGUGCUUUUUUUCCCUUCUGCACUGUAUGCGGGAGGUAUUUUUUUGGAUUUAUUUUUUAAUUCCCACAGUGCUGUCGCAAGAAACAAAAAACCAGGAAAGGACUUAUUUUUCAUUGCUUAAAAUAGAGAAAAGGGAGGGGGGAGCAACACCCUGCCAGAUCCACUUGAGUUCAUUUGGAAAAUUCUAAGGCAGUAAAUAAAAAGAUCGGAAGCGAACAAGACAGGGAGGGACUGAGGGAGGAACAAAACAAACAAACAGCGUGCACAGGUUUUUGUUUUUUUUAAGAUUUCAAAGUUUAUUUCUCACCUCGGACAAUGUACCAGGAUUUUCCAGGGAACUUUGAUACCUCCUCCCGGGGAAGCAGCGGUUCUCCAGGCCACCCGGAAACUUACAACAGCAUCACAGCUCAACAGAAAUUCCGGGUAGAUAUGCCAGGAUCGAGCAACGCUUUUAUUCCUACCCUGAACGCCAUCACCACCAGCCAAGACCUGCAGUGGAUGGUGCAGCCCACUGUGAUCACCUCCAUGCCAAGUGCCUACUCUCGCUCGCAUCCCUACAGCCAUGGCCUGCAAAACCUGUCCUCGGUUACUGGACAUACAGCUCUUCAGAGACCGGGUGUCAUUAAAACCAUUGGGACCACAGUGGGCAGGAGAAGGAGAGAUGAGCAGUUGUCGCCUGAGGAAGAAGAGAAGAGAAGGAUAAGGAGAGAGAGGAACAAACUAGCAGCUGCUAAAUGCCGUAACAGGCGCCGAGAAUUGACUGAGAAACUUCAGGCAGAAACCGAGGAGCUGGAGGAAGAGAAGUCUGUGUUGCAGAAGGAGAUCGCCGAACUCGAGAAAGAGAAGGAGAAGCUGAGGUUUAUGCUAAUGGCUCACAGCCCGAUGUGCAAGAUCAGCCCUGAGGAACGCCGAACCCCGCCAUCUCACAGCCUCCAGACCGUCCGGACUGGAGUGAGCAAUGCUAUAGUGGUAAAGCAGGAGCCCGUAGAAGAAGAGAUCCCCUCCUCCUCCUCUGACCUCGAGAAAGGGCAGAGAUCAGUCAUUAAACCUAUCAGCAUCGUAGGGGGCUUCUAUGGGGAAGAGCCGCUCAACACUCCCAUUGUGGUGACCUCGACACCCGCCAUCACCCCUGGAGCUUCCAGCUUGGUCUUCACCUACCCCAGCGUGCUGGACCAGGAGUCUCCUCUCUCGCCCUCGGAGUCUUGCUCCAAAGCUCACCGGAGGAGCAGCAGCAGCGGCGACCAGUCCUCGGAUUCCUUGAACUCCCCGACUCUGCUGGCACUGUAACCCCUUUUCCCUUUGGCCCCCCCACCCCACCCCACUCAGUUACUCUGGAGGGGGAAACCCCGCCUCUGCUGAGAUCAAAAGACCAGCACAAUGACUUAUUUUCUUUUUCCCACCAUGCACAAGGGCAGCAAAAGCAAGAAGAGGGGAAAUUGUGUAUGUAGCUCCAGAAACUUCCUGGGACGGGAAGAGCCAGAACAGAUGUAAAGCCAUCUAGGAGUGGGGUGGGGAAGCAGAAGUCGCAUUACUGGGACCCAAGUGCUUAGACUACAUGGUUGUGUGUGUGUGCAGAGGUGGGUGGGAGAGCCAAACUCCCCAUCCAAAGUUUAGUGCGAACGGAUGUGAGCUUCAGUAAAUCGCUAGCCCGUCCCCCUGUCACGCUGAUGAAUGGACUGGCGAAACCAGGUUCUCUUCUGUGCUACGUAGUACAUUCCAGUUAGUUUGAUCUCAUUUGGGCUCUCACCUUUUUCCUUUCUGUUGGAUACCAUGACAUUUCGAAAACUCUAACAACAACAAAAAAAAGGCUUGUGGCAAUUGUCAUUAAACCGCUGCUGAUGUUAGGAUCUGCCCACGCGGGAUUCUUGCUGUUGUUGGGUGAGGGGGUGGGCUUUUUGGAAUAGAUGGUGCAGAACUGAGAGAGGAAUAAAAUAACAGGUCCAAAUGGUUCUUUAAAAAAAAAAACACCGCCAACAACACUCCUUGCACCUUUGUUUUGGGGAAAGUGGGGUAGCAUGGGAAGAAACAAGUGUUGGAUGUUCUGUUGACAAAAAAUGAGGGGUCUCCUCGAAAGAGUAUGCAGAUAAACACGUUAUUUCUUGGUGCGUUGCAAAGGCCAUGACUACAGCAUGCCUCCACAUCAGUGGGCCAGGAUCGGUGCCAAGGGAACUGGGGAGAUGCCAGAGUGAGUUCCCACUAAGCCUUUGUCUCUGGCAUAGGUUGUUCUGCAAUUGGCGUUUUGUCAAAUCGGUGGCUGGACCCUACGUUGCCUUUCCCCUUGGCUGCCAGCCACCUUGAGUGUGAUGUCUCUCCCCCCCCCCCCCCGCACGCCUGACUCGGAUGCUGGGCUGCUCUCAAACAAAAGCCACCGGCUCCCAGCUCUGUGAACCGUUGCAGUGCAGCAGUGCUGCUAUUCUUUCUCUUGUGGCUGGUCCAGGAAAAGGAUUCACUGAGGGCGAAAGUGCAGGAAGCAAGCUGGGUGCUCCCUUGGAUAAUUCCUCUCUCUCUCUGUGUGUGUGUGUGUGUGUGUGUGUUGCACUUCGCUCAUCAGUUCCUAGCCAAAGUUUGUGUCUGUUGCAAUUUGAUGACUUCAGGCCUUGUAGUUCCUUGGCUCCCUUUCUGGUCCUGGAGACAUUAGCGGGAAAAUAGUUUUCGUGCCUGGGUAUGGUCCUUUGCUGCACUCUUUUCGCUGCACGUUCAGGUGGAUAUGGCUGUUUGAAAACCUGUGCUCACUACUGAAAUGGCCAGUGGGCUUUGCUUUUUCUCGCAUCUUCUGUGGUGCCUAGACAAAAAUCCUAUUGCACUUAAAACAGCGCAGCUGCUUGGGCUUGCAGAGCUGAAUCGGAGAGAAGUUUGCUGGGUUCUCCCCUCGUUAGGUUAAGGCCUUAUUUUUGUAUAGAGAGCAUCCCUUUUAGCCCAAGCUAACUAGGGUUCCUGUCACGAGCAUAUUUAUGUUUGCUGGUUUCCACUGUCAUUUUUGUUUUCAUUUGACCUCAGGAUUUAUUAGGCAAGAUGGCAGAUGGAUACAUGAUCUCACUGUGCUCUUUGGAGACCAGCUUUCUCAUCUGGGGGGCAUCUCUUCAAGCCAUGUUUAACUCCAUUGGUGAGCAUCGCUGCCUUCCUUGAGACUCUGCCUUAACAGCUGGGGAAUUUGCUUAAGUCUUUUGAGUGUUUCCAAUGAAGUCAGUGACUCAAUUCCCAUUGACUGGUUGUUGUUGUUGUUGUUGUUGUUUUUAAUGCAUCUGGAUAUCAGCCAUAGUGUUAGGUCAGCUGCUUGCAUGUCAUUGUGAAAGGCCAGAGGUUCUCAAACUGUGGUUCACAGGCUGCUGGCAGCCCACAAGUUCCAUUCAUGUUGCCCACCGAAAACACUGCCCAGCAAGGAUACAUGACUUCACAGAACGUUGCUCAGAAAAACAGGCACAUCCAUCCAGUUAGGAAAGCAAGACUAUGCUUUAUUAAAAUGCAAGGUAUGUGUUUCUUUGCUUUGUAGAGCAAAAGAAGUUUAUUAAGUGGUCUGGUGAGACCACCAGCAAUUUUCAAGCCCAUCCCUUCAAAAAGUUUGAGAACCACUGUCCUAGGCUAUUUGUGUGAUUGGAGCUUCUGGCUAGUCAGAAUAAAUCAAAGCCAUACUUAAUAGCAACUGCAAUGAGAAGAAGCCAAAUUCUGUAACCUGAAUCAAGCAUGCACAUAUUUGAGUAUAGUUUUGAAAUUUGCAUUAUUUAUAUUGCCUGUGCUGGCCAUGGGGAGGAGAAAAGAGCUAUGCAAAGCGCUAAAAAACUACCUCUGUCCACCGGCAGUUGCGCUUAGAGCCCUUCUGUCCUCUUAAAAGUUCACCAGGCAUUACCUACAUAUUUUCAAGCUACUCUUUGCAGAAAGGAAAGCCACAGUUUUGGGUUUUGGAUGACAGCACGAACUGCAUAUCCAUUUUGUGGAAACGGCCUUUAAUACGGUUGGACUGGAUGGCCCUUGUGGUCUCUUCCAACUCUAUGAUUCUACUAAGAUGCACUUCAAUCGCACAAUCGCUUAAGCUCAGAGUAAAUGAGACUCGUGGUAGUAACUCUUCAUAUUUAAAAGCAAAACUAUACUGGAAAGGCAUUUUCUUCAAGAUACUAAAAUCCAGGCAUUUUUCUUCUGACAUUUCCCUUUUUAGACAGCGCCACUGGAAGAGACUCAGGCUUGUAUUCAGGGCAAAUGCUAUUCAGAGUAGACCUCUUGGAAAUGAAUGAACCUGGGCUGACCAUGCCCAUUAACGACAGUGACCCUUCUCUGAGGACUAGUGUUCCUGGCUCUAAGCAUCAUUUAAUAGAAAAUAUUCUAAGCAUAACAGGGAGAGCAGAAAACUGCAUCAUCUGACUGUAGCAUUUAAAAAAAUAAAAAAAUAGCACAAUAUACUUUUCACUAAAUCACUGGUGUAUUCUCUGAAAUGCUGCUUGUCUCAGCAGGCCAAGAACUUUUUUUUUUUAAAUCACAUGUUGCUAGCCCAUUUAACUGCGCUGGGUCAGAUUGACCCAGGCUUCAUGUCCGUCUUAGAAAUCCUUGGAAAAGAAAAGGUUUGAAUGCGAUGGAGGCAACUUCUCUGCCAGGCUUGUAACUAUUAGCAGAAAAGAGAGAGCAUUCUCUGAAAUUCCCAGUACUAUCCAAGUGCCCACGAAGAUGCCUUGGGGCACAUAUGCAGGCUUAUAUGUGAGGCUGCCAUUUGUCAGUUGGUUUCAGUGGUGGUGCUGCCGCAGCAGUUUGAUGGAUAACUCUGAGCAAAGGGCACAAAGCCUGUUAACAGAAAACCUGGAGAUGACUAGAGAAAAUACAAGGGUUGGCAGGGCUUUUUGCUCCAGCUUGUUUUCUAAGUUAUAAAAAAAAAUAGGAGAGGCAGGACUUAGAACUUGUUGGUUUUGUGGCAAGUAAGAAAGGCGGUAGGCAAGGUCUGUGGAAGAGUUCCAUUUUUUCAAAGUUUGCCUUGGGAAAGAUCUGGGUUUAUAGCUGGAAGCAAUUAGAAAAGAGGUCUCUGAACUGCUUCCUGUUGUUGACCUCAGAUCUGUCCUCAGGCAACUUUAGUGUGUGGCCAUGUACAUGCCAUAUACAUUUAGAGCACAUGACUCCUCCCCCCCCCUUCAAAGCCUCCUGGGAACUGUAUUUUGUUAAGGGCAUUGGAAAUUGUAGCUCUUUGAGGCACAAAAUACCAUUGCCUGGCUUCUUUGGGGAGACGUAUGGUGCUAUAUACUGUAUAUCACUUGAAUAAGGUUCCCUGGUGAGCUUUGGCUCACCUUCACCCUUUCUGCUGGCCAGAAUCGUGACUUGCCACUGUUCUCCUCCACAAAGGAACUUUCUAGGGUCAUUUUGUGGCAGAUAUUCCUGUGCAUCCGAGUCUUACAGUUGAUUCAGGCAUGUUUUGCUGUGUGAAUCGAGUUUUAGCUCCAGAUUCUGCUUUUCAUCUUCACUUGUGAAUUUGUACAUCUGAAAGGGUUAUAUCACACGUACUUCCUAAAGCUGCCCAGAUGGAACUCCAGUUUAAUCCUUGCAAGGCACAAGCAGUGGCUUUUUGGCCUCUUGGACACUUCUUGAUUAAUUCUUCCACUUCUUCUUGGUCCUACAGGAUGAUAGAGACAGAUCUGGGUUUUAGUCUUGGCAUGUCAGCCUGCAGAUGACACCCUGGUGGGAUUAAUUUAGUCAGGAGCACUACAGAAGUACAUCCAGAUGGAUGGCACCUCAACUAUGUCUUGGCAUAAUGGAUGACAUCCCAACUGUAGACAUUAUGAAGCCCCAUGUCCCAGUGAUGGCUUUACUGUGGAAAAGGGACUAGAGAUGUUUUGUAGGUGAAGCCUGGAACAGAUAGUGCUCUGAUCUAGGAAACAUUUCCCUACUUGUUUUUGCAUGCAUCUUGAUUAUUACGGAUGUCUUUACUCGUUAAUUUGCCAUACAUUUGGGGAAACCUAGCACCUUUGUUCAAAAGGAAAAUAUAUUUGUGUCCCAACACUAACUCUUUAAAAUUCCUGCUUCCUAUCCAUUCCAGCUUCUAAUGUUUGAACUUUUCCUUUCCAUUCAGUUUAGAGUGCAGUCCAGCAAGAAUUAUGGCUUUGGAGCUCUCUUCCAUUUCAGAGUGUUUUGUCUUCGCCUGGGUGAUGUAGAUAUAGGAUGACCACAGUCUUUUAAGGGAUUGUGCUCUUAAGUCAGCGAUGUGCUUGUGAUAGAACAGAACCUGGCGCCAUCAUGUUGGUGUCAAUAGAUUUCCUCCACCACCUUUUCCUUUUUUUAAUUAAUUGAUCUUUUAAGUUCAUUUGAACCUAGCAAUGUGCUGCUUUUAUAUUCUGCUUGGCCUUAAUCCUAAAAGCACUCAUUGCUUUCACAUUUAUUUAUUGGCAGGCAAACACUUUUUGUGUCUGCUCCAGCAAAUCUGCCCACCAUUUAAUUUAACAUCCCUCAAAUGUGUGUUGCUGUUUUUUAAUGCCAAAAUGAAAUUCUGCAACUUUUUUUCAAAACACACACACAGAGAGAGAAGUAUUUUCAGUCAUUAGAGUGGGUCAAAUAUUUUAAGAGAAGGCACAAAUAAUCCCAUGUUUGUUUUGUUAUUUAUAUUUAUAUAAAAAAUGUUUACAUCUUUUUCUCUGCCUCAGAUCUGUAUUUUAAAAACACCUUUAUCCCCCUCUUCCCUUGCUGACUUUUAAAAAUGCUGUUUUUUUUCUUUUAUAAAGUAGAUGACUUGGACUUAUGAUCUUUGGUUUAUGGAUUUCCCCCAGUUCAGUUGUGUUAUUUUCUCUUGAGUUGGCUCUGCCCUGCCUUGUGCUGUGUCUUCUAAAUUUACAUGCAGGAUUUUUGUAAUUUUCAAAAAUGGUUGUGCCCAAGCAUCUUACUUUCCUAGCUUGCUGUAGCUUUCACUUGCAUGAAUUCUUUCUUAAGUAAGCCAUAGGUAUUGAGUGGUGUGCAUCAAAACACAGGCAAAUUUUUGUUGCGUUUGUUUUUUAAGGGCAAAGGCUAUAGUUCAGUGGAAGAGCAUGUGUGAUUUGCAUGCAAAAGAACUCUGGCCAAGCCUCUAUCUGAUACUUGGAAAGUUGCUGCCACAACGAUUGCAGAAAGGAAGCCCUUAGAUUAUUUCUAGGGCUUAUUAGCUCACUGAUUUGUGAACUAACAAAUUUGGACAUUCCUCAUUAAGUACAAAUCCUGUUGAGGUGAUCGUAUAUAUGAUCACAUGACUUACCGGUAAGUAACAACUUCAGUUGCCUGCUUUUUAAUGCACAUCACUGCUUGUGUACUCUACUUACUCAACUGGGAAGAAAAUCACAUCAACCUAAGGGAAAGCUGCAAGAAGAUAAAACCUCAUGUGUUCUGGGACCUCUGCAAAAUCGAAAGCCAGAAGAAUAGAAGGAGGGAAAUGCAUUUGUGCCUCUCUGCAAGCGGGACGAGAGAAAUGGGAGCCACUAAAUUGAGCAGGGUGGGAAUUUUUUUUUUAAUGUUUUGUAUAAAGAAAACUUUCUAAAGAAGCAUAAUCAAUCCUCUGCAAAUAGUAAUAGGUGAGGCCAAACAAACUAUUUCUAGGUACAAGAGAUGAAACUUUUUCCUGUCCUAUGAAACAAGACUCCUCCCUUUCCCAUUUUGUACAAUUAAAAGGUCGGUCCACUUUCUUGUUUGUGGCUAUUUGUUGUUGGGGAGGGGGGCAUAUGAAAUUAUGUGUAGAAAAUAGACAACAGGUUUGUAUUUGCUCAGUGAGCGGAUAAAGUGUUGUGUCUGUGUAUAUAUAGAUUCUACUGUGUAGUCCACAAAGUAACAUUGGUAAGAGAAGAGUGUAUCUUUAUUCACAAGGUAGUUUAAUAGCGUAAAAUGGAAGAAUGCUUUAAGAUUCCUGAAGAUAAAAGGGCCUGGAUCUCUCUCUUGUUUACAUGACUCUGAUCCUAAAUGCACUCGUGUUCGAUGUUUGUAUCUAUACUGAUGAUAACACUGGUAGAGGAAAUGGUUCUCAGUGAUCUUAUUUGUGCAAAUUCACGGAGAUCAGUAAAUUUUUGAGUGUGCCAUUAUAUUUCUCUUCCACACAGAAAAGUAAGUUUUUUCCCUCCUUUGCUUAAUUCGUGGAGUGGAAUUUAAAAUUACUGAAUUGGAAUCCCUUUUCUCUGAUCUUUUGCCUAGAUCUUCCCAUGGCAGAGAAGCUUGGCUGAACGGUCAUCUUCUCGUUCCUUUCAUUGCUAUAUACAGGCCGACAAUAUUUGCACUAAAAAAAAAAGAUGUCAAAAAUAAUUAUAUGAAAGCUGGUUGGAAAAAGCUUGCUGCUACAAAAGAACGUAUGAAAAUAAUGGCCA